AUGUCGACGACUACUCCUUGGCUAAAAUACGCCUUCUUCGCUGUGAUCAUCUUUAUAUCCUUCGGUGGAUGUAACAGUGGUCAAUUGUUUAACGGAAUUCCGACGGAUAAUAUACCGAAUAUUUUCCGAGAUGGCUUUCUGCCAAAAGCACCACCGAGUCAAUGUCGACCCAACAGUGAUCAAUAUUGUUAUUUAUCAGAGGCGAUUCAAUUUAUCAUUCUCGGUGACAAAACCAACACAUCUGGCGCAGAUAUACUGUUCAAUUCGAAUUCAUUUGAUAAUGAGACUCUGGAUUAUAUACUUUUACUUGGCCUGCAACAAUUGGCCGUGUUUAUGAAUGAUCAUGAUGAUUAUCGACCUAGUGACUUUGACUUUAUUCUUAAAGACCUUGUUCGAAUGGUUAAUAUUUUACGAGAAAACGGCUCAGCUUAUAUUACAUGGUACGAUCUCAAAUAUUAUAUUAAACGUUUUGGCACACCAGCAAACAUGGCCAAACUUAUUGCAUUCAGUUUACGUCAUUCCCCAGCGAAUGCCAAACGUUAUUUCAAUGAAGUUUUCCUCAAGGACGUUAAAACGCCAGGUUGUCAUAAAGCGAUGAGCUUAUGGCUUGAUGCAAUGGCACAACCACUAAAAAAUACCUGGGCCAUACGUAUGCUUGAUGCAUUAGGGAAACCCCCGACAAAUUUAUUAGCUGCCAAUACGAAUUGGGUUGGAAAUUGGAAUGGUUGUCAUAAGGUGAAAUACUCGAACGAUUCAUUUAACUUUCAGGGACGUUACUGUCGAGCAAAAAUUCGCGCCGACCCUUCGGUAUUAGCAGUAGCCGGUGAUGCUCUUGAUGGCAUUCCAGGUGAUCCCGUUGCAUUAGCUGCCGUUGAUCUUGGUAUCUGCGUACCCGACUUUUGUGUCAGUGACGAUGUUGCAGCUAUGCUCAAUCAUACGCUCAAGUUACUAACAAUUCAUCAAAUCACUCGUAUUAAUUACAUCGACGGUGUACUAUGUGAAGAGCCUACUAAACCAAGCGGCGCCUACUACUUUACUCUUGUACUUAUUACUAUUUUAACAACCAUAGUCGUGUUGGCCACAUUAUAUGAUUGCUUUUUCCGUUCUAUCUUGAAUAAGCCAUAUGCAACAGCAAGCACGUUGUCCAUGCAGAAUAUUCAUACACUGUGCAACUUUUCGUCGGCAGCCGAACAGCCACAUGCAAUUUUUUAUAAAAAUCUCGAUGCUCAUCAACACCAGUAUUCAAAUCGCCUUCGAUUGCAUGGAAUGAGUUAUCCAUCUUCAGCCGAACGAGCAACAGUAGCUGCCAGCCGUAAACGAUGGUACAAUCAAUGGAUUUACAAAGUACAUCGAAUUGUUAUUGAUCUAUCAGCUUAUACCGCCAUACUCAAGCCAAUGUCGAAUUCUGGUGCGAUGAAAUGUUUAAACGGUAUUCGUGUCAUUUCCAUGGCUUGGAUCGUCUGGGGUCAUACAUACAAUUACAUCGGUGAUCAAAGUUACUUUUUGCUAACGCAAAAUGCACUUGAUCUAUUAGAAUUCCAGAAACGUUUCGAUUCACAACUGGUGAUCAAUGCUUUGUACGGUGUCGAUACAUUUUUUCUUAUCAGCGCUAUGCUAGUGACAUUGUCGUUGUUACGCAUGCUCAAAAAGAGCGGUAUGCCACGAUGGUACUUCUGGCCAAUGAUGUAUCUUGAACGUUACUUACGUCUUGUGCCACCUUAUAUCAUGAUAUUUCUAUUAUACAUUUAUGUAACACCUUACAUUGGCGAAGGGCCCUUGUGGACGGCGAAAAAUUUUCCUAUGCAGAAUUCCGACUGUCAUAAUUACUGGUGGGCUUACUUUCUUCUUAUUAACAACUUCGUUCCCAAUGGAAGAGGUACGCGCUGUAUGGGUUAUUAUUGGUAUGUUUCGAAUGAUUUUCAACUAUUUCUUGUGGCACCAUUACUUAUCGUACCAUUGUAUUACUAUCCGGUCAUUGGUUCAUUCAUUUUAUUAGGAGUUUUAAUAGCUAGCUCAUUUAUAUUAGGAUUUAAUAUCGCCAAUACUUACGUAGAAAAACAAAUUCUUGUUACAUUGAAAGCCAUUUGGGAAGAUACAUAUAUCAAACCAUACUGCCGUGCUGGUCCAUAUAUCAUUGGUAUUGUUCUUGGAUACAUAUUCUUUAAAACAGAAAAGAAGAAAGUGCAUCUACAUCCAAUCUUCCAUUUAUUAUUCUGGGCAUUGACAAUUGUCUUCAUGAUGACAAGCAUCUUUGGCAAUUGGACAAACCAUCGUGAAGGUGGUACUCCCAUGACACCGGCAGUUUAUGUACUCUACUUUGUUCUUUCACGUAUUGCUUGGCCAUUAGCCAUCGCAUGGAUAAUCUUUUCAUGUUACAAAGGUCUUGCUCCAUUGGUUGACAGUAUUCUCUCAUGGCGUGGUUUUACCUUCUUUGCUCAUGUUUCGUAUACUACUUAUUUGAUCCAUCCAAUGAUUAUGGUUUAUUACAUGUUUGCACAACAGAAUUUGUUCUUUGCAACUGAUAUAACGCUAAUUUAUGUCUUCUUUGGUCAUUUGAUAUUCGCAUUGGUACUUGGUACUUUGGCACAUUUCAUUUUCGAACGUACAUUUGGUGUUUUGAUUGGAUUGAUUUUACCAAAACGUCAACGAUAG